AAGAGGUGAGAUGGUUCCAAAGAAGAGGAGGAGCUGAGCUUCCCUAAAGGUGGCGUUGGAUCUUGUUUUAAAGGAGCCUGGCAGAUGAAUAAAACGCAGGGAUGGGGGAGGGCUGCAAGGCUGGCUUGCUGUGAGUUUUCCGGGCUGUGUGGCCAUGUUGCAGAAGCAUUCUCUCCUGACGCUGCAAGGCUGCCUCCAAAGCCAAGAAGCCUCUUGAUUGGCGCCUCCUUCGCAGCCUCUGGCAAGCUGACUAAUAACACAAACCCAGCUAACAAGGGAAGGCGCAAAGAGAAGCAGGGGGGGAGCGCACGCCUGGCAGCAGCUUGGAGCCUCAAAAAGAAAAGACGAGGACUGAGGAGGGAAGGAGGGAAGGAGGGAAGGAGGGAGAUCUGCGUUUCUUGCCCAUCCAGGAGUGGGGUUUCCCUCCCCUCCCCUUCUUCCCCUUUUCUGCCCUGCUGCUUCCUUUGCUUGGUUCCAAAGCCCGCAAAUGGUUAAGUCAGCCUGAGAGGCGAAGUCUGCCCUGAAUUUUAAUCGAGGAGGGAUCCCUGCUUGGCAGGAUGGUGUAGGGGGGCUCUUCAGCUUCCUCCUCUCCUUUUUGUUUCGUCCCCACUCGCCAGAUCUUUCUCCCCGUCCCUCUCGCCUCUCUUUCUGCCUCUCCUUCUUGUCAACUAUUCCUCUGAGCCAGGAUUUCCAACUUCAAGGCACUGCAGCCCAGCGUUGGAACCUCCCCUCCUUUGCCAAGUGACUCGAACCCAGAAGAAGAGGGAAAAGAAACCCCCCGGGAAAGUGUCCGCCUGGGGAUAGAUCCCAACAGCCAGCAAGCCACGGGAUUGUACUUGAACAGCUCCUUUCGGUGCAUUCCCGCUUUUGUCAGUGGGUGUAGCUGCUGCACAGAAGCUGUUGGAUGACCAUGAAGCUGUGGAUUAUUACAUUAUGUUUGAUGGGAGUUGCUUGUGAUCUACUCCAAUAUGAACCAGCGUUCCCUUCAUCCAUUGGCUCUUGUGAUAUGUUGUGUUCUUGUGAAGAAAAGGAUGGCAUCUUCAUUAUAAACUGUGAAGACAGGGGCAUCCAGGAGUUAUCUCAAGUGCAUGUUCCACCAUCCCAGCCUUUCCACCUUAGUCUUCUAAACAACAGUUUGACAAUGUUACAUGUGAAUGAUUUCUCUAGCUUUAUCAAUGCGCUCACUCUUCACCUUGGAUUUAACUAUAUCAUAGACAUUGAGCCAGGUGCAUUUAAUGGGCUAAGUCACCUUAAGCAACUUCAUAUCAAUCACAAUUCUUUAGAAAUACUUAAAGAAGAUACCUUUCAUGGGCUGGAAAACCUAGAAUUCCUUCAAGCAGACAAUAAUUUUAUCACAAUAAUUGAACCAAGUGCCUUCAGCAAGCUCAACAGGCUUAAGGUGCUCAUUUUAAAUGAUAAUGCCAUUGAGUUUCUUCCUCCCAAUAUAUUUCGCUUUGUGCCGUUAACUCACCUGGAUCUUCGAGGGAACCAGCUACAGACUCUUCCUUAUGUUGGCUUUUUAGAACAUAUCGGUAGAAUUCUAGACCUCCAGUUGGAAGAUAAUAAAUGGGUCUGCAACUGUGACCUGCUGGAAUUGAAAAGCUGGCUAGAGAACAUGCCUCCUCAGUCUAUAAUAGGAGAUAUUGUAUGCCACAGCCCUCCCAUUUUGAAAGAUUUUAUUUUGAGCAGGUUAAAAAAAGAGUCACUCUGUCCCACUCACCCUACAAAUGACCUGGACUCUCCAUCAGGAUCAUUGCCCCUGGUGGUCACCACAUCCAUCAGUGAUAGUCAGUAUGCAACAAAAGUGAUACCUAUUUUAAAAGCUCCUACCAGGGAAUCUAGUUUAACACUUCAUGUAUCAAGGCCAGCAACCCUGUUUCCAGGAAUAUAUUGUCCUAUUCCAUGUCAGUGCACAAGCCAUAUCCUUUCAGGGAUUUUGAUGCAAUGCCAGGAACGAAACAUUGAAAGCCUAUCAGAUAUAGGGCCUCCUCCACCAAAUCCUAAAAAGCUCAUUCUAGCUGGAAACAUAAUCCAGACGUUACUGAAAUCAGACCUGGUAGAUUAUGGAAAUCUAGAAAUGCUUCACUUGGGAAACAAUCGUAUUGAAAUCCUAGAAGAAGGGUCCUUUAUCAAUCUCACCAGACUGCAGAAAUUAUAUCUCAAUGGAAACCAUCUCACCCACCUAAAUCGCAAUUUGUUUUUAGGCUUGCAGCGUCUUGAAUAUUUGUAUCUUGAAUAUAAUGCCAUCAAAGAAGUUUUACCUGGAACAUUUAAUCCAAUGCCUAAACUUAAGGUCCUCUAUUUAAAUAAUAACCUUCUUCAGAAUUUGCCACCUCAUAUUUUUGCUGGAGUUCCUCUAGCCAGGCUAAAUCUAAAAACGAACCAGUUUGCACAUUUGCCUGUAGGGAAUGUCUUGGAUGAUCUGGAUCUACUUGUACAAAUUGAGCUAGAAGACAACCCUUGGGAUUGUACUUGUGACUCAGUUGGGCUGCAGCAGUGGAUACAAAAGCUAAAUAGAAAUACAAUGAUGGGUGAAAUUUUCUGCACCUCUCCAAGGCAUUUAGCUAAGAAGGAAUUGAAAUCUCUGAAUAGUGACACGCUGUGUCCUGGCUUAAUGAACAGUCCAGUGCUCCCAACUCAAGCUAGCUUCGUAAUCAUCACAACGUCACCAACCACCACCAAUACAGCAGAUACUAUCCUGCAAUCACUCACUGAUGUCAUUCCUCUUUCUGUUUUAAUACUGGGGCUUUUGAUUGUAUUUAUCACCAUCAUCUUUUGUGCAGCUGGUAUUGUUGUUCUUGUUUUACACCGGCGCAGAAGAUACAAAAAGAAGCAGGCAGAUGAACAGCUGAGGGAGACCAGCCCAGUUCAGCUUCAGUACAGCAUGUAUGGUCACAAAACAACACACCACACAACUGAGCACCCAGCUACAAGCUUAUAUGAACAGCGCAUGAUCAGUCCCAUGGUUCAGGUUUACCAAAGUCCCUCUUUCAGUCCAAAAUUUGCAGAUCAUCGUGAAGAUAGGAAUAACAAGGAAGUGAAUGAUUCCAAACACCUUCGCAGAAGUCUCUUAGAAAGGGAGCACUCAUCACCUCUGACCGGGUCAAAUGUCAAAUAUAAAACUAUGGACCAAUCAGCUGAAUUCCUGUCUUUCCAGGAUGCAAGCUCCUUGUACAGGAACAUUCUUGAGAAAGAAAGAGAACUCCAGCAAUUAGGCAUAACCGAGUAUUUACGGAAAAACAUUGCCCAGCUGCAUCCUGAUAUGGAAGUCCACUAUCCAGGGGCUCACGAAGAGCUCAAACUGAUGGAGACACUCAUGUAUUCCAGGCCGAGAAAAGUUUUACUAGAACAGACUAAAAAUGAAUAUUUUGAACUCAAGGCCAACUUGCAUGCUGAACCUGAUUACCUGGAAGUCUUAGAACAGCAAACGUAAAAAAAAGAAAGGAAACAGUUUGGAGGGAUUAAAUCAGAACAACUCUAUCUCAACCUGAAACUUUGUAAAUAAAAGUGCCUUAUAAUAAUGUCAUCAAUCAGAACUUUUAAGCACAGCAGUAAUCCGAGUGAAAAGAAACUCUCAGGGAUAACUGUGUGAAGCCAUGGGAAAGUUUGCAGGCCAUUUUUCUCACUCCCCCCAUCCCUUCCGCCACAUUAAAUGUGAACUUUGUGUGAUUGGAUUUUGGAAGGAAAAUCAGUUUCCUUUACCAUUGUCCCCUAGACUUGCAUGGCAAUCUCUCAUCUGUUUCCUAAAAACAUGGUUAAAGCAUUUGUUAUUUCAAUACCUUUCUUUUAUCUGCAUCAUUUACACUAUAUUUUUAAAAAAGCACCUGUAUACCUAGUUACAAAACAACUAGUGUAUAUUGGUUAGGGAUUAGUCCACAUCGGUGAACACUAUCUACCAAUUGCACAUGAUAUUGCCAUGUAAUAAAUAUGAGAAAAAUUAAAUGAUUUUUAAGCAAAUAUUUAACUGUAUGCACCCAAGGUCUGCCAGUAUUUAAGUACCUUGUAUUUGAAAUGCUAUUUAUCAGAAAGUCUGUUAGAAUAUGUGGAUGGUGGGGAAAAACUAUAUACUUGUUUUAUUGAGGAAUUUAAAAGACAUAAAAACAAACCUUUUUUU